UGAAAAGUCACCUUAUACUCUAUCUUUUGGUAUAUAAAUAUUUAGUUUCAAUCUUAACAAUUUAACCAACUCUUAAUCUUUCUUCCCAAGUGUUAACUUGAGAGAUCAACAUGAGAUUUUUAUCUCAAAAUUGUAAGCUUCCAUGGACAAUACUAUUACUAGUGUUGUUGUCAAUCACACCAUUCACCUUAGCUAAGAAAAAAAUCCAUACAAAAGUUUUUAUGUCUCCGAAGAUUGAACUAAGUCCGGGAUUAGUUUCAAAUAAAAUAUACUAUGACGUUGAUUUUCCAAGAGGUCAUAUUUCACUCAAGAGUUUGAAUGCCGAACUAGUCGAUAAAUCAGGGAAUUCUGUACCACUGCAUCAAACUUAUCUACACCAUUGGGUUGUUGUAAGAUACUAUGAACCUAAACAUGUGACAAAUAAUAGCCAAAAAGGUAUUAUUGUUGUAAGAAAUAAUGGAUUUUGUCAAGACAAUAUUUUUCCACAAUACUUUGGUCUUGGAUCUGAAACAAGAGGCACAACUACAUAUAUUCCUGACCCUUAUGGAGUAGAAAUUGGUAAUCAUGAAGAAAUUCCAAAAGGGUAUGUGGAAAAAUGGUUGAUUAAUAUUCAUGCUAUUGAUACAAGGGGUGUAGAAGAUAAUAUGGGGUGCACUGAGUGUAAGUGUGAUUUGUAUAAUGUUACAAAGGAUGAAAGUGGAAAGAUUUUGAGUCCUAAUUAUAAAGGUGGUUUGCAAUGUUGUCCUGAUAAUAGUAAGUGUAAGUUAAGGGAAGGGUAUUUAGGUCCAAAAUUAAAGCUCUAUUUGAAAUACACAAUUCAAUGGUUCAAUUGGGAAGAGUAUAUGUUGCCUGUGAAGAUUUAUAUAUUUGAUGUUACUGAUACUUUGAAGAUUUCAGAUAAGUCUAAAGGAAUGAUGACUCUAAAGCAUGAUUGCAAGAUUGAAUAUGAAGUUGAACCUUGCAACACAAGUCAUGUGAAUGGUAGUGAUUGUGUUGAUGUGAAGAGAGCAAGCUUUCCGAUACAAAAUGGUGGUUAUGUCAUAUAUGGAGUUGGCCAUCAGCACGCGGGCGCAAUUGGAUCAACGCUAUACGGACAGGAUGGGAGAGUUAUAUGUACUUCAAUGCCAAAAUAUGGAAAAGGAAAGAGAGCAGGAAAGGAGAAAGGUUAUGUUGUAGGGAUGUCGGCUUGUUACCCUAAACCAGGUUCUAUCAAGAUAUCUGAUGGUGAAACUUUAACUCUAGAGGCUAACCACAGUAGCAACAUAAGGCAUUCCGGAGUAAUGGGGCUUUUCUAUUUCUUAGUGGCAGAAAAGCUACCACACCACCACCAUGUCUAACAUUCCUAUCUCAUCAAAUUUGAAUAGUUUAAAUUUCUAUUUGAGUUUUGUUAUUAUUUAGUUGCUUAUGUUAGUAUGUUUUAUUCAAUUAGUUUUCAAUUAAGAUAACAAUUGAGAAAUUUGUUAGUUAAGUUUAUGUGAACAACUCUAUAUAUUUGUUGCACUCAUGUCAUUUCAAUA